AUGCAGCAACAAGCUUGUAUAAAAGCAUGCGAAUUGAUUUUGUUAAUUCAGUCUAUCUUUUCACAUUACAGUUGGAAGUUUUAUAGUUCUUAUAAUAGUCCAAUAUUUAAUUUAUCCUUUCAAUUAUCAAAAAUGUUCAAGUUGGUGACAUUCGUAACUCUCUUCGCUGUUGCAUUCUCAGCUCCACAACAUGCUGCCAAAUACCCAGCCGGAGUAGAUCCAUCCAAAUGCCCAAACUUCCCAAUCUGUGAUAAUGCUGCACUCCACGCUAAAGCACCAGCAUACAAUCAUUGGGAUCAACCAGCUGCUCACUGGAACCAACCAGCUCAAGCUUAUAACCAUUGGGAUCAUCAACCAGCUGCUCCACAAUGGGCCCCAGCACCACAAUGGAACAAUGCUGCACAAUACAACCAUGUUGCACCUGCUGCACCAAAAGCUGCUGCUAAAUAUCCAGCUGGAGUUGAUCCAAGAAGUUGCCCAGAUUUCCCAUACUGCCCAACACCAAUCCUUCCAGGACAUCACGCUCAUCAUGUUGCUCCACUCCCAGGAUUCACAGAAAGACUUUACCCAGCUGGAGUCUCAGCCCAUACCUGCCCAAACUACCCAGAAUGUUAAAUAUCUAUUGAUACAUUGA